CAUGGACUACGACCGAAUUCGACCAGUGCGACACUUGACAGGAAUUCUGGAAUGGUGGCGUCUUUGGCCAAAGCGAGGAUCGAUUUCUAGGCCGGAUUGGACUAACUGGCGGGGAUAUCUGCUGCACAUUCCCUUUACCUUGCUCUUUAUGGUGCUUUUGUGGGUGGAGGCCAUGAUGAGCAGGGAUAUAGAACAUACAGCCGAUGUGCUUUUGAUCUGCUUGACCACAACUGCUUUGGGGGCUAAAAUGCUGAAUAACUGGAAAUAUGCCCAUGUGGCCCAAAAGAUUUUAAGCGAAUGGAGCACCUCGGAUCUUUUUGAGUUAAGAAGCAAACAGGAAGUGGAUAUGUGGAAAUUCGAGCAUCGAAGAUACAGACGCGUCUUCAUUUUCUAUGGUUUAUGUAGUGGUGGUGUUAUUCCUUUAAUUGUGAUCCAACCUCUGUUCGAUAUCCCCAAUCGUUUGCCCUUUUGGAUGUGGACACCCUUCAACUGGCAUCAGCCGAAUCUGUUUUGGUAUCCAUUUAUCUAUGAGGCCAUAACCAUUCCGGUUGUCUGCAUUUGCAAUAUUACCAUGGAUGGUAUUAAUUGGUAUAUGAUGUUGCAUCUAUCGCUCUGUUUGCGAAUGUUGGGUCAGCGAUUGAGUAGCCUUCGGCAUGAUGAUAAAAAACUAAAAGAAAAGUUCCUGGAAUUGGUGCAUGUGCAUCACCGACUUAAACUACAGUCCUUGGACAUUGAGAACUUUAUUUCGAAGAGCACUUUCACCCAAAUUCUGGUCAGUUCCUUGAUAAUUUGCUUCACCAUAUAUAGUAUGCAGAUGAGACCCGUCACCCAGGAUUUGCCGGGAUUUGCUGCGAUGAUCCAGUAUUUAUUAGCUAUGAUCAUGCAAAUUAUGCUACCCAGCAUUUAUGGUAAUGCCGUCAUCGAUUCUGCAAAUAUGUUGACCGAUUGUAUGUAUAAUUCUGAUUGGCCGGAUAUGAAUCCUCGAAUUCGUCGACUCAUCCUUAUGUUUAUGGUCUACUUAAAUCGUCCCAUGACCUUAAAAGCCGGUGGCUUUUUUCAUGUUGGUUUGCCUCUUUUUACCAAGACCAUGAAUCAAGCCUAUAGCCUGCUGGCCUUGCUACUCAACAUGAACCAAUAGGAAUGAAGUUGUACUCUAUAAAACAGUCUGCUUUCUAUUUUGGAUUAGCCGAAAGAUUUCGCAGCUCGUUUGGAGAUUUAUUGCCGCGUCUUGUUAUGCAAAGACCUAAAAAUAUAUUGUAGCAUUGCACGAAAUACACGUAUUCCUAUAUAUACUAUAUGUUGAGUGCACAUGAAAAGUAGAA